CCUCGACACUCUUCCUUUUCCCACUCUGGCCCUUGGUCCUGAAACCAACUGUUUCCCUCUCAGCACUCGCUCAGAAUAAUGGAGGCUUGUCAGGAGAGCAGCCCUGCACCCAUGGGUCCUGAGGCGUCGCCAGCCGAGGGUCGUCACAUCGACCUGACAGAGGACCUGGCCCAGCAGCUGGAGGACAUCAUUAGCACCUACCAGGCUGCCGAAAUUCCCGCUGAGCCAGAGGACGCAGAGGAGGUCACGGCCGUCAAAGAGGCAGACGCCCGCAAGGACCAGAAACUGGAGAAGAAGAUGCUCAAAAAUCUAGGGAAGGAAGCCAUGCUCCUGAUGCAAAGUUUGAACAAACUCAACACUCCAGAGCAGAAACUGGAAGCCAUCAUCAAGAAGCACGCUGAGCUGUUGGAGGAGCAUCGGAGCGAUCAGAAGCAGCUGAAGGUUCUGCAGAAGAAGCUGCUCCAAGUGAUGAAGGAGAAGGACCAGCUGCAGAGCGAGCACAGCCGGGCCGUGCUGGCUCGCAGUAAACUGGAGGGGCUCUGCCGAGAGCUGCAGAGGCACAACAAGACCUUAAAGGAAGAGACCCUGCAGAGGUGCAGAGAGGACGACCUGAAGAGGAAAGAGAUCACCACCCAUUUCCAGGGGACACUGAGCGAGAUUCAGGCCCAAAUUGAGGAACAUAGCAGUCGCAACACCAAGCUGUGCCAGGAGAACAGCGCUCUGGCAGAGAAGCUUAAGGGGCUCAUUUCACAAUACGACCAGCGAGAGGCGAACCUGGAAAAGGUCUUCAAGCACAGAGACCUGAAGGAAAAGCUGCUGGAGACCAAACUUACGCAGGCAAACACAAUACUGAAGGAGGCAGAGGAGAAGCACAAGCUGGAAAAGGAGCUUUUGCUAAAACAGGCAGCAGAGUAUAAAUUGCAAGUGAAGGUCAUGAAGGAGCAAGAAAUCGAUACAAAGACCCAGCUUGAUAUGUACUCCAAGAAGUUUGAUGAAUUCCAGGGCACAGUAUCAAAGAGUAACAGUGUCUACAGCAGCUUCAAACAGGACAUGGACAAAAUGGCCAAGAAAAUGAAAAAGCUGGAGAAAGAAUGCCAAUCAUGGAAGACUCGCUUUGAUGGCUGCAACAAGAGCCUCAUUGACAUGGUGGCAGAUAAAGCAAUCAAAGAAAAGGAGUUUGAGCUUGUCACCAUUAAGAACCAGAAGCUUGAGAAUCUGUGCAGGGCUUUGCAAGAGGAGAGGAAGAGUCUUUAUGAGAAGGUGCAGGGAGCUGGAAGUCAACCAGACAGCAACACUAGUCAACCAACAGAGAAGGAGGGCUCUGAGGUGCUGGAGACCCCUAAAGUGCCUAAAGAUGAACACCCUGUGCAGAAUACUGCAGCCCCUGCCUCUGCAGCCCCCUCCGGAACACCAACACUCGAAACUCCCCUGACCAAGGAACUGGCUAAACUGAAGACUGAGCAGGCCCACCUGAAGGAGAUUGCUGGUUCUUUCACAGUUUCUCAUUUUGUACCCACAGAAACAGCUAUUAGCCAAUCAAAAGGGCUCUCUGAGGGAGUCCAGGACCCAGAGAAGAACCACAUAGAGGAGAGCAAUGGCGAACACCUCCAGGAAGUCAAGGAGGAUGGAAACCAAGAACAGAGAGAUUUAGAAAUGGAGUCAGUUGAUUAAUGCUGGCACUACUGGGGAAAAUGUAUCUGGCUCAUGUGAAAUUCAUAGCAAUA